AUGCGGCUUUUGCCUGCGAUUUGCUUUGUCAAGUUCCUCUAUCUCUACAGCCUCGCGGACGCGCUAGCCUUGCCUCUCCUCAAUGCUACGACCACGGCGCCACUUCCUUCUACCAAGGCCAACAUCACAGUUGACGAAGGACACCACUACCCAAUCCCUGGCACGCCGCUGACCCUCCACCUUACACUUUUUCCUACCAGAAUCCCUCUCCCCGCCGAGAAUACCCUUCAUUGCCUCCACAACUUUGCCAAAGUCCUCGCAUCGGAGCCUCAGUCAGACUUCCUAGACCGCAGGCGCGAACAGACGGCAUACAAUGUGGAAGCUAUCAUAGCACCCGUGAACUGUCCAGGAUGUGGACUCACCUAUGGAGAAUCGACCAAGGUAUUGGCCGGGCUGUGGUAUUAUACCAGCAGGGAGAAGCUUCUGUACGUGCAGCGGUACGGAGUUUUUGAGAGCAGGACGGGGAGGAUGGUGGCGUGGGGAAAGUUGCUGACGGCGCCACCAGCGCCUGGGCCUGGGCCUGGGAUGCUAGGGGGGAUGGAGAUGAUGUCGACGUUACCUGCGGGGUUGGCAGAGACGAGUUGA